UAAAGCUCUCAAAGAAAAAAAAAAUCAUCUUUCUCUUUUCUCUCUAUUCAGAAAUUUGAAAGAAUCGUGUUUUGAGCGAUGUCGAGGAUGAGAUCUUACCUGAAACCACCGCUUCCGAAAUCUCCGAUCCGUCUCCGAUCACGUCAAGUCCUCCUCCACUCAUCAUCUCUCCAAACACCACCAGGUUCUCAGAAGCAAGGGAGAAGAUUGAGUGAUGUAAAUCUAAACACUAAACAGAACAAAAUCGAAUACUCAUCAAUCUCUAAAGAGAUACAUGCUUUAGCAAAGAUGGUUAAAGACGAAUUUGCUAAAGAAGAGGAACGAAAAAAGCCAAAUCUCGAGAGUGUCGCCGCGAAUUCGGCUCCGGUUUUCGAGAGAGGGAGGUUUUACGAGGAGUAUUCGGCUAAGAGGAACGAAAGAUUGAGGAAGAAGAAAGGAGAAGAAGCUGUUGAAGGAGGAUUUGUGAAAGGAACUCCUUAUAACCUCGGUGUGAAUCACGAGGCGAUGACGAAUAAGAGAAGAGGCGUUUCUUCGUGUAAGAAGAAAACUGCGGUGUCUAUGGUUGAGAGUAGUGUUAAGGCUAUGCCGAGGUAUUCGCUUAGGAGUAUGACUAAAGAGAAUAAGAAGCCACCUGUUCCGAUUAAUGUCGCUGUAAGUGGUAUGAAGACUACUACUCGUAAGGGUAGGAGAAUCUGAAAACCUCAGUGAUGAUGUUGUUGUACUGCUUUUAUGGAUUUUGAUUAAAUCCAUUGAUAUUGUUUCUUUAGGGGAUUGUUUUGUUUUUUUCUUGAUUGCUUUAUACAUUGAGAUAAGCUUUAUCUACAGAUGUUGUUUUUUUACUCUUG